AUGACUACGGAACUUCCAUCCAUUAAUAGUACCACGAGUAUCUCGGAUAACGUAGCUCUUCGGAACUACUAUGACAAAUUAUUGUUCAAAAAUAGCAGUGGCAAGUCACUGACAGACCUACCCCGCAAGGCCAGAGAAGAAGAAGCCAAGGAGAAGAAAGUGGAUUUUAUCAACGGAUUCCGAUUCGGUCAGAUGAAUUAUGCACCAGCUUCAGUAAAUAUGAUGCCUUCGAACUCGGAACCGAUGCCUCCGCCACAAAUGUUACACAUGCCAGUUUUCCAAUUGGGAGAAGAUCACAGCCAACAGCAGAACCAGCAAGGACAGAUGCAUUCUACGAUGCCACUCACAUCUUCGAUGAACGCGGCGCAAUCCCGCAACAACAGCAUCGGGUCGUCAGGGUCUUCUGGGUCGACGAUGAUGGCGUCGCCCACAAGUUACUACGCGGCACUCACACAGCAGUCAAUUAGUCCUUCUUCCGCACUCUCUCCGGUGAAUAGUGCAGGCACUAUUGCGUAUCCGGCAUUUGGGGAGCAGCAAUACACUUCAGCACGGAGAUCUUCUUACAUCUCUGACACGCUGAUCCACGGUCAGACCCCCGAGGCGUUCAUGGCGGAUCAACUUUCCACGCAGGCCCCCAGAAACAGAUAUUUGAAUUUCCCACAAAAGCACCAGUCGGUUCCCAAAGUGAACUAUAGCAAGCCUGCUUCGCAGGGCAAUUACCAGCUGGAUAAUGGGCUUAUUCUGCUGAACGGACAACAGAUUGUGGCGUCACCAGAACUCAAGGCGCUGUACUCUGAGUCUGGGAAGAAAUAUUUCUCUAGCGCUCAGGCAUGCGAGUUUUUGGACUCGGUCAAGGAAAUGCUUUCGGGGAAAGAUACGUCUGCGAUGGCGGGCAAUAUCCAGAAGUUUUUGGUGUUUUUGAAGAGUUGCAACCUGAAUUACAACCCACAGUCGGACGCGUUUGUGUCUGGCAAUGAGUCGCGCCGGAACAGUUCGACAAGCGCGUAUUUGCAUUACAAGCCGUUGGUGUUGGUGGCGUUGAAGAACGGGAAACUGGAGCUAUUGUCGAUUCCACAGUCGACGAACUUGCUCAUGUGCAGAAACGACCUGGUGAUCAUCGACGGGGACCGGGGCAAGGACUUGGCACUGGUGGUGGAGCCGCACGUGGACUUGGACCUGGCGCUGUUCAUCAACUUUCUCAAGAAGAAGAUCCACUUUGAUUCGCUAAUAACGAACCGCGAGCAGCAUUUCGCGAACCACAAGUUUGUGAAGGCGCUGAUAGACACGACGCGGGGCCAGAGCGACGACCUGAACUCGAAGCUUUACGACGUGAUCGAGCUGACGCAGCUGAUCAUCCCAUCCAAGCAGGUGUUGCGGUUCGCGACGUCGUGGGAAGUGACGACGAACCUGCACAACAAGUUCCAGGACGAGCUCAAGGCGCUGCACAUCGCGCAGCUCAAGUUGAAGUCGCUGAACAGCGGGCUGUCGCACCACCAGCACCAGACGCCACGCGCGCAGCUGAACAUCAAGAUUCUGAACGCGGACUUUCAGUUUGACCGCAAGAAACUGACGUUCUACUACGUGUGCCAGGAGCGCAACGACUUCCGGGAGCUGAUCAAGGAGCUGUUCAAGUUCUACAAGACGCGGAUAUGGCUGUGCGCGAUCCCCAACAACCUGGAGAUCGACAGCAAGUACUACGACAACCAGUUGAAGGAGCUCAAGAUGUACCAGGAGAUGAUGCAGCAUUGCUCGGGGGAGGAGCAGGCGGAGAGCGGCGCGACGGGCGCGACGGGCGCGGCGGCGGGCGCGGGGUCUGGGUUCAUCGUGGCACCCGCGCUCAACGCGAUCGAGCUGGACAACUUCCAGAUCGGCGUGUACCGCGAGUUGGUCAAGGAGCUGUUUGCUUAG